AAUUACUAUUAGCUUAACGCCUAAACCCAAUACAGCGAACUAGCGAAGUGAAUUCACGGUUCACCCCACUGCUUCCUCACUUCACUCUCCCCCGUAGUCCACAUUCCAGCCGCCGCCCUCCACGUCAGCUGCCAGACGCCACCUUCCACCAGUCACUACCCUCUGCUACCGGCGCCGUUUUUCAAGCGGUAUUGUCUCUUGUGCCUACUAGAGUUGAACUUUUUGCUUCUGGGAUGUUAAAGAAUUUGUUUGGGGAAUUGGUUAGUAAGGGACUGCACAACAAUGGAUGCAGUAAAGGAACACAUUGGUUAUAUUUGCUAACAAAAAACAUUCAUACUGGACAGUCUCAUUGUUCUCCAAGAAGCUUCUUCGGAGUUGAAGAUUACCUGGAUGAUGAUAAUAGCCGGCCAUAUACAUACCAGAAGGAGAAGAAAUCAAAGAAUCCGCAGAAACACAUAUCAUUUAAGCAGCGGACAGUGGCCUAUAUGGAACCCUUCACCCUGGAUGUGUUCAUCUCAAAGCGCUUUGUUCAGGCCUCAAUAACCCAUCGAGUGACAUGCAAGCAGGUUGCAGUUGCAGGUACAAACUCCAAGGAUAUAAAAGCCGCUCUCAGGUCUCGAUGUGAUAUACCAGCGUGUUUGGCUGUUGGUAAAAUUCUUGCUGACAGGUCAAGAGAAGCAGACGUUUACACAGCAUCUUAUACACCACGAGCUCGGGACAAAUUUGAAGGGAAGAUUCGAGCGGUCGUACAAUCUAUUAUCGACAGUGGCAUCGAUGUUAAAGUCUAUCUUGACUGACUACAUGCCGUGAUAUACUAAUAGUGCUAUUUGUUGCGGUUUUGUGGCUCGAGCCUUGGGUUAGCUCUUGCUCUGGCCCGAGUCAAAGAAAUACCCGUUGCUAGUUAGAUCGAUAGUCUUAGUGUUUGUAUAAUUGUGUGGAAGCUUCGAUAAUGAUGGAAAAUAGCUUGCCAUUGUGCAUAUUUUGCUGUGGCCCGAGUGAAUGCAUGCAGUUAGAAGUAAACUUGUCAAGUCUCAAGGACUCAAAAUAUCUUGCACGGUUGCACCAAUUUCUUUUGGGUUCAUAAAUGUUUCACUUUAAGGCAAUUGAACUAUUUAUUGAAUCCUAUCUACCAUAUUUCAUAAAUUAAGCAGAUAGUAAUUUGUAUAAAGUAGUGCCAAAUGUUUUGUAGUAAAUUCAACAAGACAAUGAGACAAUGGAGUAGUGGAAGUGGCAGUUAAAAAUGCCGCACCAUGGGCCAUGUUAGUGGGCUUUAUAUCAAAUGCUUUUGGGUUAUAGUAGAACUCUUUGAUGGUGUUUAAGAUAUGAAUCCUUGCACAACCUAAUA